AGCCCACUCGCUCAGUGAAAAUUUCAUCACCGUCGUUGACAGUUCAGCCAAAAUUCUCUAGCUCCAUACAUUUCGCCCAGCCAAAACUCAAAAUUAUCUAAACUACAUUUUGUGUUCACUUUUGAUCAGUCAAAGUCAUCGCUUAACGCUGAUACGCCAUUCAAGUGGAAAGAAAAACGCACGGGCAGGAUACUUCAAGUGGAUUUAUAGAUUUUUUCGAUUUAAAUAGCGCCGGGAUAACCAGAUAUUCGCUGUAGGAACGAAGCCAGACCCAGCGAGAACGGAGGCCAACUGCUCGACUUAAUUGUCGACCACUGUCAAUAUUAGCGCCAUCGCAACUGCUGGGUGUGGGCGAAUCUGCGCCCCGCCACCGGAGCCGAAAAGCAGCACCCUGAAUUUCUCGUCGUUCAAAUCAAGCUUCACUUCCAAUGUUAAUUUCCUGAAGAGAAGAUUCAGCUCGGGAGACUUGUCUUCCGAGGUAGACGAUGUCGAUCCGAACAGCCUGCCGCCGGCGGCCCGUCCCAUCCAGGAUCAGCCGACGAAGCCGCCGGCUGCCGGCGGACCGCCGAGCAUGCCGCCACCGCCGGCUCCCGGCCAACCGGCCGGAGCUGCUCCGGAGCUGUCGCUGAGCUUUGGCGCCGGCAAGGCGCCUGCGACCGCGGCCCCCGCACCACCCCGGGGUGUCAGUGCGCCGACCAGUCCGGCCAAGUCGCGCGAAAGCCUGCUGCAGCGGGUGCAGAGCUUGACCGGCGCUGCCCGGGAUCAGGGAGCCUCCAUUUUGGGAGCUGCGGUUCAGAGCGCCACACAACGGGCCCCGGCCUUCACCAAGGACAAGUACUUCACGCUGCUGGUUUUGGAUGACCAGAACACGGACUGGUCCAAGUACUUCCGGGGCAGGCGAUUGCACGGAGACUUCGACAUCCGAGUGGAGCAGGCCGAGUUUAGGGACAUUACGGUGGUCUCCAGUGCCGACACUGGACCGGUUGUCACCAUGGCUGCUUAUCGCAGUGGCACUCGGGUGGCGCGUUCCUUUCGGCCGGACUUUGUCCUGAUUCGCCAGCCGCCACGCGACGGAUCCAGCGACUUCCGCUCUACGAUCUUGGGCUUAAAAUACGGCGGAGUGCCCAGCAUCAACUCACUGCACUCGAUCUACCAGUUUCAGGACAAACCCUGGGUCUUCUCGCAUCUGCUGCAACUGCAGCGGCGCCUCGGACGCGAUGGCUUCCCGCUAAUCGAACAGACCUUCUUCCCCAAUCCACGUGAUUUGUUCCAAUUCACGAAGUUCCCCAGCGUGCUGAAGGCUGGACAUUGCCACGGCGGCGUGGCCACCGCUCGCCUGGAGAACCAGAGCGCCCUACAAGAUGCCGCCGGAUUGGUGAGCGGUGCCGGCAACGACUCGCAUUGUUAUUGCACCAUUGAGCCCUAUAUCGAUGCCAAGUUCAGCGUGCACAUCCAGAAGAUUGGCAACAACUACAAGGCGUUUAUGCGCAAAUCCAUCACCGGCAAUUGGAAGACCAAUCAAGGAUCGGCCAUGCUGGAGCAAAUCACUUUAACCGAGAAGUACAAAAGUUGGGUGGAUGAGAUAUCGGAGCUGUUUGGCGGCAUGGAAGUGUGUGGCCUGUCCGUGGUGGUGGCCAAAGAUGGACGCGAGUACAUCAUCAGCGCCUGCGAUAGCACAUUUGCCCUCAUCGGAGACACCCAAGAGGAUGACCGCCGCCAGAUCGCCGAUCUGGUAUCUGGACGCAUGCAGAAUGUGUGCCGUCCUAGCAUGGCUCAAACGGGACCCGGCAAGUUGCCCUCCCGCUCGUCGGUGUCCUCGCGGGCUGAGAGUCCCACGGACGAGGGCAUGGCCCCCACACCGCCGCUCCCGGCCGGACCACGCCCAGCGCCCAUGGGCGGACCACCGCCCAUUCCGGAGCGCACCUCGCCGGCGGUCGGCUCCAUCGGGCGCCUGAGCAGCCGCAGCAGCAUCUCGGAGCUGCCGGAGGAGCCCUCCUCCUCGGGACCCAGCACGGUGGGCGCGGUGCGCCGCGACUCGCAGUCCUCGCAGGCCUCCACCAUCUCCUCGUCGGUGUCGCGGGUGGGCCAGCGGCCGCCCCAGACCCAGAGCUCCGUGGUGGAGGACGCCGAGGACACCAUGAAGAACCUGAGGAAGACCUUCGCGGGGAUCUUUGGCGACAUGUAGGAAAUCGCUAACAAGAAGCGCGGCAGAACGGCCAGCGAGACGAGCGGCGGCAGCGGGCCGGGCAGUGUGCCCAGCAGCGCGGGACCGGGGAGUGGGAGCGGUAGCGGAUUCACUGGCUCCUUCCUCGGCAAGCAGUUCUCGUUCGCCGGCAAGGGCGAUGGCGUGGGCGUGAUCUCGACACAGCCCACACAGCGGCCCAGCGAAGAGCCACCAGCGGUUCCAGCGGCGGCGGCCAGAUCAGCCGCCCGGCCGGACAGCAGCGUUUCGAUUAGCGGUACAACAAAUACGGAUACGGAUAGAGCGGGCGCCGGCUACCAGCCGGUGACCAACUACGAGCAGCAGGAACGGGUCAACCCCUUCGACAAGGAGCCGCCCAACAAGUCGGUGCAAGGCAGUGCGGCCAGCAUACACACCUCCUCGUCCUCAUCGAUGUCGACCUCAUCGAUCUCGUCGCGGAUCAAUCGCAAUGGCAACGCCAUCAAGUCGCCGCCCCCGCCGGCGGGUCCGCCGCCACCACCCCCCACCAAUGUGGCGGCAGUGGGCGGCAGCAAUGCCAACAGCUCCAGCGGCUACAGGAACAGCUUCAGCAGCUCCCUGAGCAAGGACAAGACCAGCUACGGCAACUAUGGCAGCACCACCUCGGUGGAGACCAUCACGCGCAUGGACACGCACACCACGAACACGGGAGCCACGGCCACGGAGGCUGGCGAGGCCAGUGGUGUGACGGCCAUCACCAAUAUCAGCAGCAGUAGCAGUGCAGGAGGAGGAGCAGGAGGGAUUGGUCCUGCCAUGGGAACCAUCACCACAUCGGUGACCACCAACGACUGGAGGUCGGCCAUUGGCAUGCGAUCGGCCAGUGUGUACAGCGCACCGGCGGCAGUGACUACUGUCCUGCCCGGAGACACCUCCGGCUACGAUUCCAACUCGAUUGCCUCGCAGGGCGGCGAGGAGCUGAACAAUCCCAGUGAUCUGCCCUCGUACACCCGACCCUCGUACUCGCGAUCCGAGAGCAAUGCCUCCAAGCACUCGGAUCUGGAUGUCAUUUUCGGAGACACCAAGACCACGCCAGCCUCCUAUGGAAAUGGCAAAUACACUCGGGCUGCCGGCUCCAUUUCAGAUGCUGACAUGAUAUUCGGAGGACCGCCCUCCAACUACAAGAGCGAUCGCUUCGGGGCCGCCAAAAGCAUGAGCAUGAGCUCCAGCGGAAUGGGUUCCGGAAACGGAUCGGGAAGCUAUAAGAUCUACGAGGGCAUCCAGAAUGCCGCAUUCAGCGACUUUAGUGACUCGGGCAGUAUGAGCAGCAUUGGGUCGCAUACCAAACGCUGGAGUGCCAGCAAGGAGGACGACGAAGAACUGGACUUGAAGUGAAU